AUGGCCUUGCUCGUGGCCUCCUUGGCCACUCUCGCUCUCGCCUACAUCACCUACCAGGUCUACACCUUUCAACGCCUUCGGCACAUUUCUGGUCCCGCGCUCGCCUCCUGGACCAGCUUCUGGCUUGUCUACGCCCAAUUGACUGGUCGCAUACACAUUAUCCUCCAUGAGCUUGUGUCACAGCACGGUCCUGUCGCCCGCAUUGGACCCAACUGGGUCGUUUGCGGCGACCCCUCCGAGAUUCGCAGAAUCUGGGGCGCCCGUUCCCCCUGGACGAGAGCCUGGUGGUACCGCGGCAUGCGCAUCGACCCUUACCGCGACAGCUCGUUUUCCACGCGCGACGACGCCCUUCACAACGCUAUUCGCAGCAAACUGAUCCCAGGAUACAGCGGUAAAGAGGUUGACAACUUGCACGAGCUUGUGCAGGACCAGGUUCAGAGCCUAGUUCGUCUCCUCGAUAAGCAUGUCGCUGAGGGCGGCGGCGCACGCACUAUUGAUAUGGCGCAAAAGAUUCAGUAUUUCGCUCUCGACACGAUCUCUUCACUUGCCUUUGAUGACCCUUUCGGGUUUAUGGAGAGCGACGAGGACAAGUUUCGUUAUAUCGAGACGACUGGCAAUACAGUCUACAUACUAGUCGCGACGGCGCUUAUCCCCGGCGUCAUCAGCCUGAUGCAGUCCCCAUAUCUCCAAUGGAUUGCGCCCAGCGUCAAAGAUAUGGCUGGCAUCGGAGACGUGAUCAAAACAGCUGAGAGGGUCGUCGCGGAGCGCUAUGGUGCCAAUGCGCAGCUGAAGCGCGACAUGCUGGGUUCCUUUGUCAAGCACGGCUUCUCCCAAAAAGAUGCCGAAACGGAAGCCCUCAUUCAAAUAAUUGCAGGCUCCGAAACGACCGCCACAGCCAUUCAAGCCACCAUUCUACACACCAUCACCUCGCCCCACGCCUACGCCCGCCUGCAACACGAAAUCGACACAGCCGAAAGAGAAGGCCGCAUAUCCACCCCCGUCACAAAUGCAGAGGCCCAGUCACUCGCCUAUCUCCAGGCCGUCAUUCUCGAGGGCCUCCGCGUCUUUCCGCCCGCGGCGGCGCUGUACCCCAAAGUCUGCGACACGGACGAGAUUCUCUGCGGCGUUUCCGUUCCCGCGGGCACAAACGUGGCGUGGUCGCCGUGGACGAUUAUGCGCAACGCCGACAUCUUCGGUGCAGACGCCGACCUCUUCCGUCCAGAGCGUUGGCUGGGAGCUGGAAAGACCAAGCUUAUGGAGCAGACAGUCAUGAUGGCGUUUGCGGCGGGCAGUCGGUGGGAGUGCCUAGGUAAGAAUAUUGCCCAGCUUGAGCUGAACCUGGUCUUUGUCGAGCUUUUUCGGCACUUUGAAUUCACUCUAGUGGAUCCUGCCAAUCCGUGGAAGUCUUUCAAUGCGGGCAUGUUUUCGCAGAGCAAUUUGAACAUUGCAUUGACUCGGCGAAGCGCCGCGUAG